AUAACACGACAACCGAUCAUCAUUCGCUCAACGUGCACGGAUCGGUUCGGACGUGUUUUGUCCGGGAGGAAAAUUUUUUUAAAUAUUGCGACUGUUACUGUCUGCAUUGAUUUCCACUCAGAUUUUCAGUAAUUUCCAUUUAGACUUCGCUACGCUAACAGUGAUUCAGACUUGUUAACAAACAGUGGUAAGUGAGGCUGUAUUGUCCGCUGUUAGGCGGCAGCAGCCAAUAAAGUGAAGAAGAAGAAGAAGACAACCGAUCAUAUAUCAAGGCGAUUCAUGCCGCAGGCGCGACGCGCUCGAAUCUCGAAUUCGACGAAGUUUUCAACCACUUGGAAAUCAUUUUGAACUUUGAAAUACUCAUUGACGGUUUGCGCGAACUUCUGCCCGCGUCUGUGUCUGUGAGACGGACGAUCUUUCAGCUUUCACACUCCUCCGUAAGAUGAAUCAGUCGGAAAGUACUACCAGACCGGGCAGUAGCAACGUCAUGUAUACUCCGCGUACGCCGCGAAUGCGUCAACGACAACGGUUCAAUUUGAGCACUAAACCGGAAGAGGACGGACUCGAUGGACUGGAAGAAUUGAUAGGCCAAACGUGGAACAUUUAUGCGGCGUCCGCUUUGUUUGGCUUCCAACAAGAUGACAUUCACUUCAAACUGUAUUCAAAGAAAUUGAGAGAAGAGGUUGCGAGCACCUUGUCACAUGAAAAUGUCACUUACAGCGCAAAGUUUUCUGUUGUGGAGAAUAUUGUCUGUGGACCAAAUGAAGACCAUCCAGCAAUCAAGAUUGAAGUUACAGCUGAAACCAAUGAUCGUGAGAAAGAUGUCAAGAAACAGAUCUAUAAAGGGAUAUUAUUAUCCUGGAGGAUAAUACAGACUGAAUCGAAUAUAGAGAAUUCCAUAAGAUUGCCCCUUCUGCUGUGUCGUGGCACUCGCAGCUGUAUGGAUGCAGUGCACGCUAUCAUCGGUCGUAUGUUUGAUUGCUUGGUAAUUGCGCUGCCAGCCAACGAGGACGACUUAAGCUGGCUGAUUCCGAUUAUAAUUAUGGCGCCUAAGGCGGAUCAACGGUUACUUUCCGGUGAAGUUCAAAUGGAAUACACAGUGCCAGAAUUACCAGUUACAGAUACCAUUACAGUUAAAUUUCACACUUCAGAUCUGAAAAAGAUAUUAUCAACCAUUAUCAAAGAUCAAGAUGACAGAGUUAACGUAUCUCUUGAUCACGAACACAUAGAAAUGUUUUUUGAAGUCUUGCAUAAGCAAAUGUUAACGCUAGGAGGUUUGCAGUUAGGACUAUGUACGCUGCAUAGGAUUAAUCUACCUGGAAUAACAAUAACGGAGAAUAGAAUGAAAGUAAUGAACAUGGAAAUUAUGAAUAAUAUAUUAUUGUACUUCAAUGAUAAAGCUCUUGAUAUAUUUCAUACGGUGCAUAUUGAUAUAUAAUCUUUUCUUAACGUCUUGUGAUACGAAUAACAUGAUUUAGGUACAGUAACAGUACGAUCGUUGCAAUAACCAUUUACAUUGCGUGUCAGUAUAAAAAAAAAAUCAUUUAUAUAUAUUUUUGUAAAAAAAAUCUCACACUUGCGUACAUAUACUGUAUCUUUGUCAAUAUAAAAAAAAUACAUGUAUA